AUGUUCGCUGAUUUUGACCUCCUGAUCGUGAACGGUGUCGUGGUGACAGACACCGAGGCUGGCGAGUAUGACGUCGCAAUCAAGGAUGAGAAGAUAGCGAAAGUGGUCAAGAGAGGGGAGCUGAAGGAUGCAAAGGCGACAAGAACAAUUGAUGCAGAAGGGGGCUAUGUAAUGAUACGCAGCCUGGCGGCGUUGACGGGCAUGUCCAUCUACAAGAGCCGCCACUAUUCGGCAAAGGAUCAUCGGCGGACAAUUUCGAGACCGGUAAGAAGGAAUGUUCUCAAGAAGCUGAGUGUAAUCAAGCUAAGUUGUGUAGGAAGUAGAUCCGCAGUAUGCGGUGGCACAACCACCAUGGUGCCCUUUGCGCCCCAAAAGAAGAGCGAAGACACCCUCCUCGACACCCUCCACGCCACCCACGCCAAAGCUCAAGACAACUGCUAUAUCGACUAUUCAUUUCACCUUCUCGUCGGCAACCCCUCCGAAAGAGCUCUUUCAGAAUUCAAAACGCUGCGCGAAGAAGGCAUCACAUCCCUCAAAAUCUACAUGACGUACGAAGCCUUGAAGCUGAACGAUGGCGAGAUCCUAGACGUCCUUUUAGAAGCACGGAAAAACCAAAUCACCACCAUGAUCCACGCCGAAAACGGCGAACUGAUAGACUGGAUGACCAAGCAGCUCGAAAAGCGCAAGAUGUUCGCGCCGAAGUUCCAUGGACCGAGCCAUCCCCCCAUGGCAGAAAUAGAAGCCACGCACCGCGCGAUCUGCCUCUCAGAAUUCAUGGACAGUCCCAUCUUAAUCGUGCACGUUUCCACGCCCCAAGCAACAGCGUACAUCAAGGCCGCUCAAAACCGUGGCAUCCCCAUCUAUGCAGAGACCUGCCCUCAGUAUCUUUUCCUGACCAAGAACGACCUCGAUAAACCCGGCUUCGAAGGCGCAAAAUGCGUGUGUUCACCCCCGCCACGCGAGAGCGAGGCAGAUUGCGACGCCAUCUGGACCGGUCUCGCGGACGGCACUUUCACCAUUCUCUCUUCCGACCAUUGCCCGUUCCGCUACGACGACAAUGUCGAUGGGAAGAAGACAUGUAUUAACGAGGAGUACCCCGACGGCCACUUCAAGUACAUCCCCAACGGCAUCGCAGGGAUUGAAACGCGACUGUCACUAGCACUGGGAGAAGACCGGCUAGAUGUCAAGAAGUUCGUCGAGUUGACCUCUACAAACCCUGCGAAGCUGUACGGACUGUACCCGCUGAAAGGUGGACUGGUAGAAGGCAAGUCUGAUGCGGAUAUCAAUAUCUGGUAUCCGCCGGGCAAGAUGCCACUGUUUACACUUACAAACUCAAUGCUACACCAUAACGUGGAUUACACGCCUUUUGAAGGACGGACGCUGAAGCAGUGGCCAAGGUAUACGAUUCUGAGGGGCAAGGUUGUGUGGGAUAGAGAGAAUGGUGGACUGCUCGGUGAGAAAGGAUACGGGAAGUUCAUCAAGAGGGAGCCAAGUUCGUUGGCGAAGCCGAGGUUUGAGGGGGAGUGGGAUGUUAGGGAGGAUGGGUCGUUUGGGUUUUAUUGA